GCAAGGCAAAAAGAGCAAAAAAGAUCGAAUUAGGGAACUGACGUGGAAGUUCGUUUAGCUCGAAAUUAUUCUUGUUUUUCAACCAGCGAUCGUUCGCCGCGGCCGUCGAGAGUUGAGGCCAAUACAGAGUGGCCAAAAUCGAGGAGUCAGUGGUCAGGAAUCCGGCCGAAUAGCCCCCGAAAUUGCCAAAUCGCCGUGGCGAACUUUGAGCCAAUCCGUGUGUUUUCUCUUCGUUUUCCGUGAAAGUUGUUUGUUGGCUUAGCGUCGACCCUCUCCGCUAAAACCAAGGUGAUUAAUCCGGGCCAGAAAUGAAUCCGAAUAUGUACGGGCCACCGCCCACGCAGUUCCAGCAGCAACCCCAGUUCGGUGCUCCUCCUCCAAAUUCCGGAGGUUGGCCACCGCAGCAACAACAACUACCGCAGCAGCAGCCGCCGCAGCAACAACUGCCUCCGCAGCAGCAGCAACAACAACCACAGUACGGAGCACCACCACCAACGUCGGCGGCAUCCCAGCCUUACCUCAAUGGCAACUACCAGCAGCAGUUGGCCACGUCGAUGGGAGGUUUGAGUGUGGGUGGCGGUGUCGGUGGGGCCAAUCCCCUGAAGCCACCACUCCCCCAAGGAGCUCCCGCUGCUGCGGCACCACCGCCAACCGGUUUCAAUCAGUUCAACUCUAAUGCGGCACCCCCUCCGACCAACAACAACAAUGCUGCAUUCGGUGCUCCACCACCGACGCAAGCUGGAAGUUAUGUCAACGGAGCCCUACCGCCCAGCAGCACUCCACAAAGCGUGGCCAGUGGGAUUAAUCAGAUGAGCUUGAACAGCGCCACUUUGGCGGGACUGCCGCACAUGCCGCCUCCGAAAGCGGCAACGCCGGGAGCAGCACCUGGUCAGCCUCCGAUUCCAGCAGCUGGAUCUACUUCUCAGCCGCCUCUACCCGGACAACCGCCACUUCCCGGACAGCCACCCUUUUCCGGUCAGAUUCCCACAUCUCAGCCUGCCCCAAGUCCGUAUGGAGUACCGAGCUCACGACCGGGUCAACCCCAGCUACCUCCUGGAGCCACUCCUCCGACUUACACGCAACCCGGAUUGCCACCUCAGCAGCAGCAGCAGGGAAUCCCGCCACUGCAGCAGCCAGGGAUACCACAGCAGCAGCCGGGAUUUCCCCCACAGCAGCAGCCGGGAUUUCCGCCACAGCAGCCUGGACUGCCACCCCUAUCACAACCCGGGUUGCAACCAGGAGCGCCUUACGGAGCUCCCCAACAAGGCGGAUAUCCAGGUGGCUUUCCAGGUCAGGCUCCCGGAGGCUUCCCUGGAGCACCUCCACCACUUCCAGGUCAGCAGGCAGCUGCUCCGCCGCAAUUCGGAGCUCCACAACCUGGUUAUCCGGGCCAGCAGCCGGGCUAUCCGCCACAACCCGGUCAGCAGCCGAUGCCUGGAUAUCCCCCACAACCGGGACAGCAACCAGGUGGACCAGGAUAUCCACCUCAGCCAGGUGCCGGUUUUCCAGGUCAGCCAGGACGUCCUGGCUUUAAUCAACCUCCCAUGCCAGGAGCAGGAAAUAUGUAUCAACAGGCUCCUCAGGCACGACGCCUGGAUCCAGAUCAAAUGCCCAAUCCAAUCCAGGUGAUGAUUGAGAACCAGCGAUUGUCUGGAGGACCGUUUGUGACCAACCAGCCAGGAUUGCUGCCUCCAUUGGUGACCACCAAAUUCGUGGUUCACGACCAAGGCAACUCUUCACCCCGCUUCCUGCGCUCCUCGCUCUAUUGCAUCCCCAAUACGGGUGAUCUUUUGAAGACCACAGCUCUACCCCUGACACUGAAUAUCUCGCCGCUAGCCAAAGUUGGCGAGGGGGAAAUGGAGCCACCGAUAGUGAACUUCGGCGAAAUGGGACCAAUUCGUUGCAACAGGUGUAAGGCGUACAUGUCGCCCAACAUGCAGUUCGUGGACGCCGGCCGCCGAUUCCAGUGCCUGAUGUGCAAAGUAACUUCGGAAGUUCAUCAGGGCUACUAUCAGCAUCUGGAUCACACUGGUCAGCGUGUGGACAAGCAUGAAAGACCUGAAUUACUGCUGGGAACUUACGAGUUCCUGGCCACCAAGGAUUACUGUCGGAACAAUACUCCCCCGGAAGUUCCCGCCUUUAUCUUCAUCAUCGACGUCUCCUACAACACCGUGAAGUCGGGACUGGUUCAUCUGCUCUGCUCCCAGAUCAAGAACAUACUCAAGCAUUUGCCUGUCGAUCAGGGUCAAGACAAAUCCAAGGUGCGGGUGGGCUUCAUCACGUACAACAGCACCGUGCAUUUCUACAAUAUAAAGAGCAGUCUGGCCCAGCCGCAAAUGAUGGUUGUGGGCGAUGUCCAGGAGAUGUUCAUGCCGCUGUUGGAUGGAUUCCUGUGUCACCCAGAAGAGUCGGCUGCUGUUAUCGAUGCUCUGAUGGAGGAAAUCCCUCGUAUGUUUGCCGACACCAAGGAAACCGAAACGAUUCUGUACCCUGCCAUUCAAGCGGGUUUGGAGGCACUGAAGGCCUCGAAUGCAGCUGGAAAACUGCUGGUGUUUAACUCAACGCUACCCAUCGCGGAGGCGCCUGGCAAGCUAAAGAAUCGCGAUGACCGGAAGCUUCUGGGAACUGAUAAGGAGAAAACCGUACUCACCCCACAAACCACUGCAUAUAACACACUGGGCCAGGAGUGCGUCCAGCAGGGUUGCUCCGUGGACUUAUUCGUGUUUAACAACGCCUACAUCGACUUGGCCACGAUUGGGCAGGUUUCUCGGCUGACUGGUGGCGAGGUGUUCAAGUACACCUACUUCCAGGCGGACGUGGAUGGCAAGAGACUAAUACAGGAUAUCAUCAAGAACGUAUCGCGACCGAUCGCUUUCGACGCGGUGAUGAGGGUGCGCACAUCGGCGGGCAUCCGACCCACGGAGUUUUAUGGUCACUUCUUCAUGUCCAAUACAACUGAUGUUGAGCUGGCCAGUAUUGAUGCCACCAAGUCGAUAAGCAUUGAGAUCAAGCAUGACGACAAGCUGGCGCCAGAAGAGAACGUGUACCUUCAAGUCGCACUAUUGUACACCUCGUGCAGCGGACAAAGGCGUCUGCGAGUCCUUAACCUGGCUCUGCGCGUUACAACGACGAUUGCGGACGUCUUUAAGAGCUGCGACCUGGACGCGAUGAUGCUGUUCUUCGCCAAGCAGGCCUGCUUCAAGCUGAUGGAGCACUCACCCAAGCAGGUGAAAGACAACCUAAUCCAUCGAUCGGCGCAGAUCCUGGCCUGCUAUCGCAAGCACUGCACCUCGCCCACCUCCGCCGGCCAGUUGAUUCUUCCCGAGUGCCUGAAGCUGCUGCCCCUGUAUGCCUCGUGUUUGCUCAAAAACGAUGCUAUUUCCGGCGGUUCGGACAUGACUCUAGACGAUCGGUCUUAUGUUAUCCAGUUCAUUCUGUCCAUGGACUUGAACCAAUCCGUCAGCUACCUGUAUCCCCGUUUCAUUCCCAUCCACAACGUUGUGCCCGAGGAGACAGAUCUGCCGACUCCUGUUCGCUGCACGCACGAAAAGACGCAAGAGGAUGGCGCCUACAUCCUGGAGAAUGGAGUCCACCUCUUCGUCUGGCUGGGCCAGGCAUUGUCGCCUGAUUUUGUGCAGUCCGUAUUCGGCGUUCAGGGUUUGCAGCAAAUUGCUUUGGAGCGGUUCAACAUUGUUCCAGAAACGCCGCUGGCCAAGCGCAUACACGGCAUCCUAGAGCAGAUCAUGAAGGAGCGAUCGCGAUACAUGAGGAUAACCUGGUUGCGGCAGAACGACAAACUGGAGAGCGUGUUCCGACACUUCCUCGUGGAGGACCGCGGUACAGACGGUUCCGCAAGCUACGUGGAUUUCCUGUGUCACAUGCACAAGGAGAUCAAGGAUCUGCUGAGUUAGCACGCCGGCUACUCCGGCACAUACAAGCCCGAGCAGCGAUGGGCGGACAGCUAUUCCCAAAACAGGGCUCGGAUGCGUCGUCUGUCGUCCAUGCGCAGUCGCCUCGGAAAAUAAGAAAUGCAAAGGGUUUAGGAUCAGAAGCAGAAACUGGCGCUGAGAGCUGUUGGAAAUUCAAUUAUAUUUACAUCAAAAUACAUAUACAUAUAUAUUAAUUAAUGGCUAUCAUUUCGAGCGUAUCAAUUCUUCCAUUAAUUUUAUUAAAGUUUUCACAUUUUGCUUUGUUUUACAUUAUAUAUAUAUAUAUUUGUAUGUAUUUUUUGAUCGGCUGCGCCAGAAACGAAACAUUUGUUAAACGAGGCAACUGCUUAUCUGCAAAAUUAGAAAAAAAUUAUUCUCUUAUAAAAUUCCAUGAAUAUGUUUAAUUGUAAUUACAAAUUACUUGCAAAUUUUCCACAGUUGAAAACUGCUAGUUGAUUAUAACGGAUAGUAUAAGAGCCCUACUUUGUCCACUUCCUUUUUGGUCUAAUGUAUUUUUGCAAUAAUUUGUGCGCUGCGCCCUGCUUUUUAUCAUACUUUAUGUCAUUGAAAGAUUAUUAUAUUAUAACCUAAAUGUUUCGUGUGAGAAUUACUCGACUUAUAUGGUAUAUUGCCCCUUCAACUAUCGAAAGAAAUGCAAACACUGCAAAACAAAAACACAUUUAUUGAGAAUGAAAAA